AGCCGUGACAGGCAUUGGUGUACAUAAUGUGUUUCAGAAAUGAAACCAAAUUUCGCCCCUGACUCAAAAAGAAACACGAAAACAAAACCUAGACGUCUUCUAAACUUAGAAUCGGCAAUUAUCCUUGACGAUCAGACUGCCUGCAGUUGACUUCAAAGGGUGAAAUGUACGCGGCAAUCCCCUGGUGUGUAGUGAUCCUGGAAUGGAGCUAAUCUAUGUUUGGUCAGCAAAGGUCCAAUCAGUAGCUAGGGGCUUGAUUGUUGGUGGUAACUGAAGCUGUGGUUACCAUGGCGGCACACUUUGACACAGAGUACCAGCGCCUAGAGGCCUCAUACAGUGACUCUCCACCAGGAGAGGACAACCUACUGGUGCACGUACCUGACGGAAACAAGUCCCCGUGGCACCACAUAGAGAACCUGGACCUGUUCUUCCAGAGGGUCUAUAACCUGCACCAGAAGAAUGGCUUCACCUGUAUGCUGCUGGGAGAGGUCUUUGAGCUGGUCCAGUUGCUGUUUGUGGUAGGGUUCACGGUCUUCUUGGCUAAUUGUGUGGACUAUGACAUUCUGUUCGCUAACAAGUUUGUCAACCACACCGACUCCUCCAAAGUUACGCUGCCUGACGCCUUCCUGCCUGUGGACGUCUGCAGCGCAAGUAUCCGUGACAACGUGGCAGUGAUGUUUGUAUUGAUGAUAUCUGGAGUGUUCUGGCUGCAUCGCCUCAUCAAGUUCAUCUACAACGUCUGCUGCUACUGGGAGAUACGCUCCUUCUACACCAACGCACUCAAGAUGAGCAUGGCAGAGCUGCCAUACUUCACAUGGCAGGAGGUUCAGGCCCGGAUCGUUGAGAUCCAGAAGGAACACCAGAUCUGUAUCCACAAGAAAGAACUCACAGAACUGGACAUAUACCACCGUAUCCUGCGCUUCAAAAACUACAUGGUUGCCAUGGUGAAUAAGUCCCUCCUUCCCGUGCGUUUCUGCCCGCCGCUGCUCGGGGAGAGUGUGUUUUACACCCGCGGCCUCAAGUACAACUUUGAACUCAUCUUCUUCUGGGGGCCAGGCUCUCUGUUUGAGAGUGAGUGGAGUUUGAAGCCGCAGUAUAAGAGAGGUGGUAACAGGCUGGAGCUGGCAGACAAACUGGCAUCACGUAUACUGUGGAUCGGCAUCGCCAACCUCUUACUCUGUCCUGUCAUACUGGUCUGGCAAAUACUGUAUGCCUUCUUCAGCUAUACAGAGGUGAUAAAGCGUGAGCCAGGCAGUUUGGGAGCGAGGUGUUGGUCUCUGUAUGGUCGAUGUUACCUUCGCCACUUCAAUGAGCUGGACCACGAACUGAUGUCACGGCUCAGCAAGGGCUACAAAGCGUCCUCUAAGUAUAUGAACUGCUUCCUGUCCCCGUUGCUGACGGUGGUGGCUAAGAACGUGGCGUUUUUUGCUGGCUCCCUAUUGGCUGUCCUCAUUGCUCUGACCAUCUACGACGAAGACGUCCUCGCCGUGGAACACGUCCUGUCAUCCAUCACCCUGCUGGGCGUGUGUAUCACUGUCUGCAGGUCUUUUAUCCCAGAUAAACAACUGGUGUACUGUCCAGAGCAGCUGCUCAGGGUGAUCCUGGCUCACAUCCACUACAUGCCAGAUCACUGGCAGGGCAACGCCCACCGUUAUGAGACACGAGACCAGUUCUCACAGCUCUUCCAGUACAAGGCUGUGUUUAUCCUAGAGGAGCUGAUCAGCCCCCUGGUGACUCCCUUCAUCCUGAUCUUCAGUCUGAGGAGGAAGUCGCUGGAGAUUAUUGACUUCUUCAGGAACUUCACCGUGGAGGUGGUGGGGGUGGGAGACACCUGCUCCUUCGCUCAGAUGGACAUCAGACAGCACGGACACCCCGCGUGGAUGUCUGAGGGGAAGACAGAGGCAUCUAUUUACCAACAGGCGGAGGAUGGGAAGACUGAGCUGUCCCUGAUGCAUUUUGCCAUCACCAACCCCCAGUGGCAGCCCCCUACCGAGACCACUCACUUCAUCAGCCAGCUGAAAGAGAGAGUACAGAGAGAGGCUACGGGAGACACACACACUCUCACCUCACUGUCCGAGUCAGAGCCAAGGAGUCUGAUAGCUAACUUCCUGGCAGGUCCCCCCUCAUUGGCCUCUCUUAAUCUGGGGCGGGAUGGCGCCUUGACCAAUCACGGGCCGGUGGAUGUUAGCGACGGGGCGUCAGCCUUGCGCUCCCUCUCAGUCAGCAGCAUGAGGGGCAGCUGUAGCUCCGCCCAUAGGUCGGCCGGACACGCCUCUUCUGCAAGCAGAGCCAUGGUAGGAUCAAGUACUGACGCUCGUACUGCUAGUUCAGGCAGUAGUGCGUGGGAAGGUCAGCUGACUAGUCUCGUCCUAUCAGAAUACGCCUCCACGGAGAUGAGCAUCCACGCACUCUAUAUACAUGAGCUCCAUAAGCAGCAGUCUGGAGGGGCGUUGUCCCGGCACACCUGGCACAGGCAGGACAGUGACGACAGUAGUGACAGUGUCACAGAGGAGGGGGGUUCAGGGGGAGGGAACCCUAACCCCCGAAACCCCAUCCCCCGCUCACACACCUUCCCUAUCUCCACCCCUAUCUCCACCCCUGGCCCUAUCACCAGCUCUAACUCGGGCCCUAACCCUGACCGAGGUACCACCCCGGGGCAGGAAGAGGCACCACUCCAGAGCAAUAGCCAGCGUCGCUAUGGGGGAACCACAGACUCUGUGGGCCCGGGGGGCAGAGUGGUGAGGUCGGCGCGUGUGCCCAUGGGGGGUUGGGCAGAGGAGGGACGGGGAGGCCGACACCCAGACACUGUACCUGAGGAGGGCUCAGAGGACGACAUGCCUCCCAACAUACACAAGGUGACGUAAAUGACCAGAGAGAUCCCACCUACCCCCCACAAACACAUCAAACAUCCUCAUCCUCCCAGAAAAGAACUUCCUGCUCACCUGUGACCUUUCACCAUGGCUUUACCUUUGACCCCAGAUGGACAGACAUGUGGGAUAGCAGCAUGCCGUGUUAUUCGCUCUGGGCUAGAGAAAAACAAUUGAGUAACAGUGUGAAGAUUACAAUGACUUCUUCUUGACACCCUCUGUGGAUGACACCGCCAAUCAAGUGACGGUGGUUGACGACUUCAUCAUAACUGACAGCAUGGAACCCAUAGCAUAUUUAUCGGCUUCCAUAGUUGCCUCCUAUACACUAAUCUAAGGUCAGCUUGAUGUUUUCUCUCCAUAAUGGUUAAGGUUAGGAUUUAGGGAGGGUAAGCUGAUCAUAGAUCUGUGCCUAAGGGCAACUUCUAGCCAGAGAGCACCUUUUUAAAGAUAAGAUUUAGUAAUGACAAGUUUGUCAUUAUUUUUAAUUCUUUGUUUUUUUCUCUUUGGGUUGCUUAUAUUUAUUGCAUUUUCAGAGAGAAAUUGUGUUCUCAUAUAUAUAUAUAUAGGAGUCUUCCAUCAAAGUAUGACUCUGCACUGGCACUAGGAAUCAUUUUGGGAUUGGGUGAUGGUGUUGUACAAAGACCUCAUAGACGUGAAGCAGGCACUAAACCGAUAUACAGCAUGUGCAUAGACAUACUGGUAUAAUUCAAAUCAGGACGUUGGACUAUUCUAAGUAUAUCAUUGAGGUGUAUAUAGUUAAUAAAUGGAGAUAUGCACAUACAAUAAACACAUCAUAGUUAUUGUUUUUGUGUCAUACAAACACUCUUUUAAAUUAAAGAAAGCAAACUAACCAGGCUGAUUGGAACGGGUAACUUCAGCCUCUUCAGUGCCAUAUUUAAGCACUUAAAGGGGCAAUCCGCAGUUGAAAUGAUAACAAAAUCUCCCCCACCACUGUUUCAGUAAAAGGUUGAAGGAUGGGGCUGGAGAAAUGUAACCACACUCAAAUUCAAAGACAGAGCUGUGGAUGCAAGGACUGACCAUCCAUCCAUUUUUAACCAUGUUUUGAGGCUAUACAGUGUUUGUUUACAUUUACUUUGUUAGCAAACAUUGGAAAAACAAGUUUAUAUUUUGGCUUCUGAUGGGGUACGACAGUUGAACUAAGCUCAUGGGGCAUUUAUAAGUUAUACUCUUCAAGAAUCAAUGGGUUUAUAUCCUAAAUGGAUGUAGUAACUGCAGAUUGCCCCUUUAAGCACAACCAUCCCAUAACUAUACAGCAAUCAACCUUCAAUCAACACUAAUAGCUGUAUAGAAUCAUCAGCAUCAGGCAAACUGCAUGUUUUUUCUGCCCAAACUGUCUGGGGGAAAAAAGAGAAUGCACUUUAAUGACUUUUGUUGAAUCCAAAGGAUGUCACUUGUCAGUAUAUUGAUUUUGAUAAUUUCAUAUUUUUAUGACUUUAUUUUAACCAGGGCUUGUGCCACCUUCAGAGAGUUGAGGUUGAGAUGCAUGGUGAUUUACAAGUGUUUGUUUUUGUGGUUCACACUGACUCUGGACUCACAAGUAGACUAGCCUGGUCCCAGAUCUGUUUUAAGCGCUGUAUAACCAGCUCCCAUAUGGUUGAUCAUACAGCACAAACAGAUCUGGGACCAGGCUACAGAGGGGACAUAUGCUUCUAAUAGAUACAGUCAAAGAAACUCUACAGCUGGGUAUUCAUUUCUAGAAGGCAAGGUAUGCAGUGCUGCUCACUAUUGAUUGAUAUAUUAAUGUAAUUGAGUUGCCAGCCAGAGAGUCCAAUCUGAAUCAUACCCUGGAUAAAUAUCAGCUGCAGACCUGGAGGCCUGGAUUUGAAUAAUGUAAAGGGUCUUCUGGGACACAGUGGAAGAAGCCACUGUGGUACAAGUUUAACAAUGAGGUAGUAGGAUUCCUGAGCUGACACAUAUAGCCUAUCUGGUUUUGUUUUUGUUUUUAUAGAUUGUCCUGUAAAUUGCCAUUUUGUACAGUUGUAAAUCAUCAAUAAAAAUGUAUUUAAUA